UAGUGCAGAUUGUGUACAGUGCUGUAGCUUAUGAGCGACGAGGAGGACACUAGAGAGGACGACCGAAUCUUGCGAUCGGCAAGGCGCCCAGUAGCCCAUUUGGCAUUAGGUCCAGAGGGUGACAGAUAUCUGUUCCGCCAGCGUAGAGAAAGGUUGCAGCAGCAGAGGAGGGCUAGAGCAGCAGAGGCUAGCAGGGCACUUGUGAGUGAAGCCACAGCUUCAGAAGCUAUGGCUACUUCUGCGCAACAAACUUCUCAGACCGGUAGUUCAGGAUCUGUCGGGUCAAAAGUCGCGCAGACCCAAAGUCAGUCCACUGGCGUAAUGGCAAGCCAGCCAUUAGUGUUGACCUCCAACGAGAUCGCCAUACAGCAGGCAGCCCUGCAGGAGGCACAGCCACAGCAUGCAUUAGGACAGAUAAAAGCGGAGAAAGAAAGGAUAAUUAGAAGAAGAGCCAGGAUGUUGCGGAGAGAAGCGGACGUUAGUGAGUUAGAGGAGAUGGACCUGACGCACGUAACGGAUGAUGUGAGGAUCAUUCGGUCUGUCCUGCUGAAUGUCGUGGAGAUGCAGGACCAGCAAACAACCAUCCUUCAGGACAUCCCGCAGAGUCUCGCCCUGUUGGUUGGGCGAGCGCCAGCAACGUCGCCAAUGUCCGGGCCUGGUGCCUGGCCCGUUGUACAUCCUCCUCCUUUUGUCCCACCGGUGACUGGGGUAUCCCCAUAUGUAGCCCCUUCAUUGGUCGCGAUCGUUUCCCUGGGCAUGCCGCUUUCAGGAGGGGUAUCAGCAGGAACUAGCUUGCAGGUUCCUAUACAGACAAUGUUCACCCAAUCUUUGUUGCAGGUUGCGGUCACCAUGCAGCCUGCUGUCUCGCAGACUGUGCAGCCGCAGGGCACACAGCCCCAGCAGCUAGCACAGCAACCUGUGUCACAGGGUCCACAGCCCGGAGUGAUGCAGGGACCACGACAAACACAGUGGGUUCCAAAGACGGCCAUCGCCGCUCCCAAACCCUUCACAGCGGAUAAGAGGGGCGAAGACCUCGACACGUGGUUGAGGGCAGUGCCAGUCUAUGUUAGGUGUAAACUUACCUUGCCGCACGAAGAAGUGCUUGUGGUUGCCUCCUACCUAGAGGGUAGUGCAGCAAGAUGGUUGAGUGGUUUAGUGCAGCUCCAGGGGUAUGGUCAUGACUUUCGCGCUUGGGCGGUCCCCCAGAAAUUGGAUGACUUCCUUAAGCUGGUGGAGGAAAGGUGGCAUGAUCCUCAGGAGGCCCAAAGGGCCACUGACGCGACCCUGACACUGCACACACGGCAGUUCAAGUCAGUAAGGGAAGCCACGGACGCUGUUGAGCGUCUGAUUUGUCCCCCAGGGGUGCGCUAUGACCCCCAGGUACUACUCACCUCCUACCUGAGAUGCUUCUCUUUGCCUCUCAGGAACCAGUUGGCAGGUGAGGCCAACAUCAAUAUCCACAACUUUCCUUCGUUUAGCAAGAAGGCCCUAGACCUUGAGGCGACGAUAGGGCAUGGACAUGCACCCACUAUAGACGGGAGGAGGAAGACACUGCCUCCUAACUGGAAGGCGAAAGGGCGCAUUAUGUUUGUCAAUAACGAUGGUUCUACCAUUGAGUUAGACGACAACUUCCAGGAAGGAGUAGGUGCAGAGGCAGGCAGCGUAGAAGCUUCAGGGGGUGGAGUAAUCGCUGUUGUAACUCAGAAAGGUAAGGCGACGGGUAGACGCCGUGGAGGUUCCCGGUCUAGGAGUCAAGUUGACCCAAAUGCUCCUCCAUGGGAGAAAGUGGGUCUCACUGAGGACGUGUGGAGAGACCGGUACACCCGGCAAGCUUGUAUUCGUUGUGGUCAAUAUGGCCAUAAUCAGUUCAAGUGCCGUAACAAGAAGGUGACCGACAAGAUCCCGCCUAUGAUGGGGCAGGCGGUAGGAUCCUCCCAUCCCGUUGGUAGCAAUGUUGCCAGCACUUCAGGCACUGCUCCGGGAAACACAACGGGCCAGUACGGUCUGCACGAGUUUGUGGUGAUGCCUUUCAGCCUUUGCAAUGCUCCUGACACCUUUCAGCACGCUAUGAAUCGGAUAUUCCAUGACUACUUGGAUAAGUUUGUCAUCGUGUACCUCGAUGACAUACUUAUUUUUAGUAAGACCGUCGAGGAGCAUGUUGCACAUUUGGACAAAGUCCUCAGUCUCCUACGACAACACAAGUUCAAGAUCAACGGUGAGAAAUGCGAGUUUGGCCGCACCCGUGUCUUGUACUUGGGCCAUGAGAUAUCCGCGGAAGUGUUAAAGCCCGAUGACGCGAAGGUGACCAGCAUUCGUGAUUGGCCACGUCCUCAGUCUGUGACUGAGAUGAGAUCUUUCUUAGGAAUGACAGGCUACUAUAGGACUUUCGUUAAGAACUAUAGCAUAGUGGCCACUCCUUUGACUGAUUUGACCCGCCUUGAUACCCCAUGGGAGUGGACAGAUGAGUGCGAGGCUGCUUUCAGACAUCUGAAGCAUGCGUUGAUGCACUAUGAGGUCUUGAAGCUUCCUGAUCUUGAUAAGCCGUUUAUAGUUACAACGGAUGCCAGCCAAUAUGGCAUUGGCGCCGUGCUUGCGCAGCAGGAGGGGCCAAAGUUAAGGCCAGUCGAGUACAUGUCUAAGAAAAUGUCGUCUCAGAAGUUGGCAAAGUCAACCUAUGAGAAGGGACUCUAUGCGGUGUACAAGGCUCUGACCCAUUGGAGACACUCUCCUUGGGAGCGUUGGAUCGAAGUCAUUCAGCAAUAUGACUUUGACCCUCAGUAUCUGAAAGGGGAGUACAACAAGGUUGUUGAUGCCUUGUCGCAUAGACCUGACUUCUCAGGUGCGUUGAGUAAUGAGUUCGAUCUGACAGACGAUGUUACUCGCUCUUUGGUGGAAGCCUAUCGAGAGGACCAGUUUAUGUCUGAGAUCAUACGCAGACUAGAGGCGAAGGACAAAAAAACUUCUGCCGAGUUUGAAUUGGUCAACGGCUUGCUGUUCCUUGAGAAGGCAGGGAAUAAGCGUUUGUGUGUCCCGAAUAGCGAGUCUUUGCGUAGUUUGAUUUUAGGAAAGUGCCAUGACGCCACCGGCCAUUUUGGGUAUAAGAAGACCGCAGCCAAUCUGCUGCAGCGGUUUUGGUGGCCCACGAUGAUGCGAGACGCCCAGCUGUACGUGGAGACUUGUCAGGUUUGUCAAAGGGACAAGCCGCGUACUCAGGCUCCUCUUGGGCUACUGAAGCCCCUUCCGAUUCCAGAACGGCCUGGUGAGAGUCUGUCCAUGGACUUCAUGGAUACUCUGGUCACCAGCAAGAGUGGGAUGCAACACAUUUUCGUCAUCGUGGAUAGAUUUAGUAAGUAUGCUAGGUUAGUAGCAAUGCUGGAAACAGCAAGGACGGAGUAUGUGAUCAGGAUGUUCAAAGAGAACUGGGUCAAGGACUUUGGUUUACCGAAGUCUAUUAUCAAUGACAGGGAUGCCCGGUUUACCAGCGAGUUGUGGAAGCCGCUGCUGCAGAGCAGGGAACUCAGAGCACGGGAUUUCCCGCAAACUCAUGCCCAGUACUUUGGACCUUGGGAAGUCUUGGACAUCGUUGGGACAGAUCCGGAUGGGCCAUCUUAUGUUAUCCGGAUCCCUAGUCAUCUCCGAACUUACCCUGUCUUUCACGCCUCCAAGCUUGCACCUUUCAAGGAAACAGACGAGUUUCCUUCUCAUCCCUCAAUGCUGCCCCCAACCAUGGAUGGAGAAGUGGACAUUGAUGACAUCGUGGAUCACAGGGAGCUGCCAGUUCAGAGACCUACAGGCAGAGGACGUCCUCCGAAACCGAAGUUGCAGUACCACAUUCGGUUCCGACAUCAUACUGAUCCCAAGGAGGACCACUGGUUCACGAGGGAAGAACUCAUGCAGACCGCUCCUCAAGUUGUAGCUCAUUAUGAGAAAUCUCUGCAGAAAGGAAAGCCCCGAUGGUCGAAGACUGAGCUUCUCAGAGGACUGUUGAAGCUAAGGAGGAAGUAAUGUGAGGCCACUGCCUCUAUGAGCCCCUUUCG